AAAAAGGAAGCCGGCUAGGACUUUUCAAAUAUGGUAGCCUUCAACUUUUGUUAACGAUUAGAAAAAUGAUAAAGUACCCCAAUUUGAUAUCUCAAUUUGUACCCCCAUCAGCGGCGGAACUAGGCCGCUCCCCCUUCGCCGGAGUAGUUAAGGUAUGUAUAGGUAUUGUCAUUGCCGGUGCCCCUGAACCCUUCUUCCAUCUUCCGGCGCCCCUGACUUCUCCUCUGGUGCUGCUGAUAAAAAGUACUCCGUACGAACUAAGAUUUUAAAAAAAAUCAUUUAGUUGAACGACAUCGUUUGAGGAAGUUAAAAAGGGGAAAAAAAUUAAAGUAAAACGACUUUCAAUUGUUAAUAAACGACAUCCCAUUAAUAUUAGUCCAAUAAAUUUACAUUUAAUACGCUCCGCAACAGAACCCAAAAAUCAAAGAGGCUGGGAGGAGGAAGUGAGAAAGACUGAAUCGAUUGAUGAUUCGAAAUUUUACCGCCGCGCGCCGGUUCUGUGCUGGACCGCGUUGGAUGCCGGCAAAUGGAAGACCUGCGUUGCUCGCUUCUGUGCAUUUGAGAAGAUGUCUCCAACGUUUGGUUUGGUGAAGGAUAUUACGCCUAGCGACACACAUUGGGCACUUCGUCUGCGUUUGCUUCGUGUGUACGAAAACAUAAGCGACACCGGUGACAUUAGGGGAUUGGAAUGUGUAUUCCAUGAUAAGGAGGGUGCUCUAAUUCAUGCUACGAUAAGGAUGUCGCAGAUGGCUAAAUAUAGACAACUUCUUAAGGAGCGAAGUUUGUAUGCUGUCCGACGUUUCAUUGUUGCAAUUGAUGGAAAGAAGUGUAGGACAACGGAUAAUAAGUUUAAGAUGAUAUUUUAUGAAAAGACAGAGGUUAUCUAUUACGAGGAUGAUGCAUUUCCUAACCAUGUGUAUAAGUUCAAGGGAUUUGAAUCAUUGUUGAAUGCGAGAAUAAUUGAUGAGAGUGAGCUUUUUGAUGUUAUUGGACAGGUUGUUUCAAAGAAAGCGGUUCGAGAAGUGAUGUAUCAGGGAAGACCUCACAGAUUGAUAGAGGUCACUUUGCAGGAUCCAAGGUUGAAUCAAUUGUCAUGCACGUUUUGGGAUAACUUUGUUGAUCAAAUUCUUCCAUAUAUAGGCGAUGAUCAGACUGAACCGGUCAUUGUGACUUUACAGUUCUGUCGGGCAGGAAUAUUCAGAGGUGAACCAAAAAUAUCAACCAACUACAAUGUCACGCGUGUUGUCAUUAAUGGAGAUGAUGUUGAGUUUCAAGAGUUCAAGAACAGCUUGCAGGAAGUGAAUGUUCUCACUCAGCCGAUACGCACUGUUUCAGUAACUACAGACCGACAAAUGAGCAUUUCUGAGGAGCUUGAGAGUCUGGAACAACCACUUAAAACAAUAGAAGAACUAUACGAGAUUCAGGAGGUUGGAAGCUUUUGGAUUUCUGCAAAGGUUGUGGCAAUUGAAAGCGAUAAAAAUUGGUGGUAUCUUUCGUGCACUAAAUGUCGCAAGAAACUGGAAAAAACCAGUUCCAAAUUUUACUGCACCAAGUGCGAUAAACCUUAUUCUGAUGGUAUUCCAAGGUAUAAAGUGAUACUCCGAGUGAUCGACUCUACUGGAAAUGCACCCUUACUCAUUUGGGAUGACGUUGGGCAAGAAAUGUUUGGAAAGGACGCAGUUGAGUGUCAAAACAUGAUGUUAAGCAGUGGACGUCAGGAGAGUUAUGUUCCCGCUGAGAUAGAGGCCGUUGUAGAUGUGUCAAUGCUAUUCAAGGUUCAGAUUAAGAAGGAACAAAUUGGAAACUACAAUUCAGCCUUCAGUGUGAUGAAAUUCACAAGAGAUGAAGCUCUUAUUGAGAAAUUCAAUGUUAAUGGGAAUGAUGAACAGGAAUCUGAUUUCAUAUCCAAGAUGCACCAUGUUGAUUCUCACUGUGAAAAGGCAUAUUCUUCACAAGGUGAAGUUUCUACUCCUGAUCACGGAAAAGCCAACAACGAAGGGCACAAGAGUUCAAGCGCUGGAGAAAAAUUGAAGAGGGAUUUGAUUGGGGAUUCCUCAUGCAACUCUUCAUCGAAGAAAAUGAGAAAGAUUGUCAAGUUGGAGAAAUGAACUGCUAUUUCUCUUAUGAUUUUGCUAAGAAAAAACUAAGUUUUAUUUUGCAACAAGUUUUGGACAAUUGUUUUGUUGUGUUUGUGGAAGCAUUUGAUUGUUUCGCAGAUUGUAUUUGCUAUUACCCACCAUUUGAUGGUUUGGGAGAUUGUAUUUGCUAUUACAGAAUAUUUUGUUUAACCUCUAUGUUUUGUUAGAACUGAAUGCUUUUGUUUUGUUUGAACUGGGAGCUGUUUGUUUUGAACUCAUUUGUUUUAUUAUAUGAUAUGGGCUUUGUUUUGAAUGAUAAA